UUUAACAGUAGACUAACGAAAAAUGACACGGGGGGAGAAAAGGUUAAGCUAGCGGAGGCGGACAAGUCUGGAGCACGGAGCCGGAAAACCGACAGACGACGGGGCGCUUUGCGUUUGUCGGGGCUGCUUGACGCUCCGCUCAUUAAAGCCACCUGCGUCUGGGGCGGAUUGCGGGUUAGAGAUUCACCGUGGGUUUGCUGGUUUAGCCCGUUAGCCUGCACGCUAAACACCUUGCUAGCGAGCUAACGCUAACGUCAACCAGCCUCUGCCUGGCCGGAGUGUCGAGCCGGCCGCGGGAUUAAGCGCUCCGUGUGCUUCGGGUCGUCUUUCGGGGCUACCGCGUCAGAUUCACGCUUACCGCCGAGGAAUUGUCGCCCGGGACCGCGCCGCACAACGCGUUGAUAACACGGUUAUAGUAACCGGCACUGUGAGAGCUGCGUCGUUUUUCCUCGGUCGUCGUUGUUUUUGUUGCAGCAGUGUAGGCGACCAACUUGACCGCCACAGUGGUCGAUAGCUACCGCCGCAGCCCGCCAGCGGCAUGCGUGGUUUCAGCUAGCGGCAAUCGGAUCUCGACACCGGCGCUGUUUCUGACGGUACGUGGUUAUUGAGAGACAGACGGGGCGACGUUACCCUGCCGCGGCGCCCCUCGCAGUGCUGUCAUGUCUCCCUGAAGUUCCUCCAGAGACGAGCCAGACGCGGAGCAUGCAGGACGUGAGAAGAUUUGAGAUAAGCAGAUAGGGCAACGCCGGGAAACCGUAGAGUUUUAAUUUAACUGUGUUAUACAGAUUUCCCCCACCAACCACCCAUACAGCCAUCCCUUCCUCCCUUCAGAGGGUCUGGCAUUUGGUGACUGUACUCAAGAGAGAGAGAGAGCGCGAGAGAGGAUGAAGAAGUUUUCCAGAAUGCCAAAGUCGGAGAGCGGCGGGCUGGGAGCGGGCUGCGGCUCCGGAGUCAGCAACUACUUCGGCAAAGUGUUCGCCGUGGGCCGGUACCAAGUCACCGUGGAGGAGCUCGUCGCAGAGGGAGGGUUUUCGGUGGUGUUCCUGGCUCGGACUCAUAGUGGUGUGCGUUGUGCCCUUAAAAGGAUGUAUGUCAACAACGUUCCUGACCUCAACAUCUACAAAAGAGAGAUCACCAUCAUGAAGGAGCUGUCAGGUCAUAAGAAUAUCGUUGGCUACCUGGACUCAACCAUCAGCGCCGUGUCCGACAGUGUGUGGGAGGUCCUCAUCCUUAUGGAGUACUGCAAAGCGGGUCAGGUAGUGAAGCAGAUGAACCAGCGUCUGAACGUGGGCUUCAGUGAGGCCGAGGUCCUUCACGUCUUCUGCGACACCUGUGAGGCUGUGGCCCGCCUGCAUCAGUGCAAGACUCCCGUCAUCCACCGUGACCUCAAGGUGGAGAACAUUCUGCUAAACGACCAAGGGAACUACGUGCUGUGUGACUUCGGCAGUGCCACCCACAAGGUGUUGGUCCCACACAAAGACGGAGUGACGGCUGUGGAGGACGAGAUAAAGAAGUACACAACGCUGUCAUACCGUGCACCAGAGAUGAUUAACUUGUAUGCAGGGAAAGCCAUCACCACUAAGGCUGAUAUAUGGGCUCUUGGAUGCUUGUUGUACAAGCUGUGUUUCUUCUCACUUCCAUUUGGGGAGAGUCAAGUCGCCAUAUGUGAUGGAUCCUUUAUCGUUCCAGAUAAUUCCAAAUACUCCUUCAAGUUGCACUGCUUAAUCAGAUAUAUGCUCGAGCCCGACCAAGAGAAGAGACCAGACAUCUUCCAAGUGUCCCACUUUGCCUUCAAGCUAGCUGGGAAAGAUUGUCCAGUGCCAAAUCUCUUUAACUCCCCCCUCCCCACAUCCCUGCCAGAGCCACUAACAGCUAGUGAGGUUGCUGCAAAGAAGAGUAUGACGAAAGCCAGAAUAACAGAUGCGGUGGGACCCACAGAAACGUCAAUAGUACCUAGACAGAGGCCAAAAGCCGCCAGUAGCAGCGUGCUGCCCCUUGCCAACUCCGUCACCCCUGUCAAGAUGCCUGUGUCUUCAGCAGUCAUCAGCAAUGGCCAGAAAGCUCCCACCCCUGGCUCUGGGCAGCCAGCUCUUCAGCUCCAGGCUCAACCCCAGCCCCAGGCCCAGCCCCAGCCCCAAUCCCAGCCUGGCAUUCAUCACCACAGAGUCCUCCAGCAGCUCCAGCCCGGAGACCUGCGACUGCAACAGCUACAGCAACAUCAACAACAACACCCACAACAACAAGUUCAGCAACAACAUGCCAAUACGCAGCAGCUCCAGUACCUCCAGUACCAACAGGCUUUGCAGCAGUCUAUUCAGCUCCAGCAGCAGCAGCAGAUGAUGAUGCAGCCUAUGUACCAGCAGCAGGUAGCACAGGCCCAAGCCCAAGCCCACUACGCAGCUAUGCUGCACCAGUACCAACAAGCUUUUGUCCAACAACAACAGCAGCAGCAGCAGCAGCCUCUCCCCUAUCUCACCUCCCCUCUUGAGUUCCAGCUGCCCCUGGGUUCCUAUAAUGCCACCACACCCAGGGCAGGAGGCGGGGCUGGAACUUGCCGGAUAGGGGCACCCUCCCCUGUUGAAGCCUCAUAUGCUAACCCCAGUAGAAAUCCUCUCCUUGGUACAGAUGGGAUCACUCCGCCUUCUCAAAGCUAUAAUACUGCAGUCAGCAACCCCCCAGACAUGUCAGGCUGGAACCCUUUUGGAGAGGACAACUUCUCCAAGCUGACCGAGGAGGAGCUCCUUGACCGCGAGUUUGACAUGCUCAGAGCAAAAAAGCCAGUGGAAAGGACAUCCAGCAUAGAAACAGAGCGACUGCCUGCUUCCUCCAACUCUGCAAAGCCCCUCCCACCCGAGGAUUUGUUUGGAUCGGUCCCCUUUCUGGCCAGCGCAGGUACCGAUGCAAGAAGUACUGACAAGACUAGUGAAGACCCUAGUGUUUCUGCCCCUGUGCCAGCAAGUGUAGAAGAGCUGCAGCCACCUGCAGCGAAGGAGCACAAACCAGGCAGGAAGAGUAACUCUGCUGGUCUGCACAACCGCAGACCAGGUGAGGAUUCGGACAGCGACUUUGAGUCUGACCCACCUUCCCCAAAGAGUAGUGAGGAGGAUGAGCCUGAGGAGGAUGAAGGCCUGAACAGCGAGCAUGGAGAAUUUAAUGAUGACACUGAGCCAGAGAACUUGGGACAGAGGCCACUGCUCAUGGACUCUGAGGAAGAGGCAGACGACGAUGAUGAUAAGCACAGUUCUGAUUCAGACUGUGGUCCUGGCAGGGCCAGGGGACGCUCAAAGAAGCUUCAGGGUGGCAAAGGAGCCACGGCCCGAAGAAGUCCUCGGGAAGAUUCUGGUACGACUCUGAUUACCCCUCCUGAGUCACCUAGAGGAGAGGCGAGAGCCACCCCGAGCGUCAACGCCAUGGAUGUUUUUGGCGCCACUCCUUUCCUUGGAGGCACCAAGCCACCCUCCGUGCCCUCAGAGAGCACAGACAUCUUUGCCAAAGCGCCUUUCAGACAAGUAAGCCAUGAACAACUCGCUGUAGAAGAGUUUGAUGUCUUCACCAAAGCACCGUUCAACCGGAACCUCUCGAAGUCGGGCAAGAGCAGUGGUGACAUUCCAGUGGGCCAAACUCCACCUGUCUCUCCCGAGGGCAUUGACAUUUUUGGCUUCUCCCCCUUCCAGCCGGGUCCCACUGCACCGCCUCCCACCACCUCCAGGAGUGCAGAAGACAUAUUCCGUACGUCUUUUGAUGAGGCACCCAGCCCACAACAGCAGAGGCUCAAACAGCGCAGCCUGCAGAAGCUUUCGUCCCGCCAGAGAAAGACUAAGCAGGAUGCCAGUGCUGGUGGCAGCAAUGGCAAACGUCAUCACGGUACACCCACUGGAGGUCGGAAGACCAACAAGCCCACUUUCCGCACCCCUGAGCGAGUCCGCAGACACAAGAAGGUUGGUCGAAGAGACUCGCAAAGCAGCAACGAGUUUCUAAGUACAUCUGACUCUAAAGAGAAUAUAAGCAUCGAUAUCACCAUGGGGGAAGGGAAAGACAAAGGAGCUUCUUUGCCUGUAGACGAUGCUAUGUUGGACCCAUUUGGAGCCAAACCCUUCCAUCCUCAAGAUGCUAGCAAACACAGCCAGUAUCAAGGCCUGGCUGACGGCAAGGGUGACAUGGGCUCAGCCAAUGCCAGAUCCUGGAUGAAUAAUCUUCACGGUGCACUUGGAGAAAGCAACAUCAUGGAUGAUUUUGGGGCGGUGCCCUUCACAGAACUUGUAAUUCAUGGUGGUCCCCAGCAGCAACAGCAGCAACCACCCACACAGCAGGUGGAGCUGGACCCCUUCGGAGCUGCACCUUUCCCCUCAAAGCAGUGACUAUCUCAUCUCGUCUUCCAGAGUGCACAUACAAGCAUACUCUAUCAAUCAUAAUAUGAAAUGCGUACAGCUGAAAUAACCUUCCAGGUUUCAGCUGGGUAAUGGAGUUUUACCUUCAGCCAAACAUGAACAGACAAGCUAACCAUGUCCCAACACGGUAUUAGAAUAUUUUAAAAUGUCACAAAUCUGAAAAAGGAAAUCUCUAAAUCCUGUGGAGUAUGGGUGAUGUAUUCCAGGUUCUGUAUGCAUAUCUUUCACCUGUAGCUGUUUGCUGAGAAGCCUUUUAUGCUGCAUCUGUAAUGCUUGAGACUUUGAAUGAGGAGGAAUGGAGACUUUAAAUCCACUCAGUCGUACUGUGAUCACAAGCUUGCUCAAUGUUUGACUGCUUGAUUCGCCGCAAAAAAAAGCUUAGUUUAUGGCUUGCCUUCUGAUCUACCAAUAAGAUUUUUUUAGCACCAUAAAGCCUUACCUGAGCAUGGCUCUGCCUUGCUGCACAGUACCUCGGAAACCACAUCACAAAUGGCUUGAUGUUGCCCUGUUGUGUCUGUGGAGUUGUUCAGAGUAGUCCAUUAACCACUUACUUUAACCCAUUUUAGAUCUUUUUCUAUGCAUAAUUUUACAGUAGUCCCAGCGUAGCGAUUAAGGCUGCGAUUUUUGUUGCAUUUAUACCUUUUGAAUACUAGAAGGGAUCAUUUUUUUUGUUUGUACUUAUUAAAAUCGAUCUGUUCAUUUGGAUGGUUUUUUAGGCUGAUGAUAAUUUUUUUUUCUUUUUCUUUUUUCUUUUAAUUUCCCCUGAUGAGUAAGCCUUUGUGUGAGUACUGUGUUCAGUUUCGGGUCAGAAAUGAGGAUGAAGUAAAAUCCAAAUCAGCAGUGAAUUAUUAGUUAGGAGUUGGGGCAAAGUACUUUACUGCCCCUAUAAACAGACUUAAGUCCCAAGCUGUACUGCGGUUCUCUCGAUGCCUGAUGGUGUACUUCCAAAGUCUAUGGCUACACCCUCUAAGGAUAAAAAGGAGUUUAAACACCUUAAAAAGACAACUCUCCUUUCUUGAGGAAGUAAACUGGUGUACGCUCGGGAGUGCCAGUCAUCAUCAUCAUCAUCAUCAUCAUCAUCAUAUACUUAAAGGGAAACUGUUGACUAAACACUCUUCUGAGGGUGAUUUGAAAUCAGGUCAGUUGUCCACACGAAUGCACGUUUCACCACUGAAUCCUGCUGUCUCAUCUUCAAGUCACAAUGUCCCUGCUUCAUCUAGUUCUCUCUGUCCGACAUAGACGGCCUUAAGUGCUUACUGACCAUUGGCAUAUUCACUUUGACUGAAACCCGCAGGUUGCUGUGCUUUCACCAGUGGAACCAUUUGAUACAACCCAUUUUUCUUUUUUUUUGUCUUUUUUUCCCAGGAGGGUUCAUCUUUUGUAAUAUUUAUCAUGCUAUACUGCUGUCUGAUGCAAUAAAACAA